AUGCUUUCCUUUUCAACUGAGAGUGCUCUAGUACUUAGUUCUUUCAAUAUUAGUACAUGGGUUACACCUAGAGCACGCCCUUUUGUUACCCCGGGAGGAACAAGGGAGUGGAUGCCUUUGUGCUCUAAUGAGUUAACACCUGUGUUGGGGAUGAAGUUUGAUACUUUGGAAGAAGGGAUUAAAUUUUAUGAUGCUUAUGCUUUACAUUGUGGCUUCAACACACGAAAGUCGACAACUAACAAGAACAAAAGUGGUGUUGUUGCAAUAAAAUAUUGCUUAUGCAAUAAGGCGGGUUUUAAAGAGAAGCGUAAGACAAAGAAUGAGGAUAAGCCCAAAGAACAGGAGGAUGCAAAAGCUACUACUAGAAAAAGGUUGGUGACAAGAGUGGGGUGUAAAGCUCAGUUAGUUCUUAAGAUUCGUGAUGAAGGUGGAUAUUUUGUGAAAAACUUCUAUGAAGGACACACCCACCCUCUUUACACACCGAGCUGUAGAAAAUUUCAGAAGCAAGGUAGAAAAAUGACAAUUUUGCACAAGAAAUUCGUAGUUGACAAUUCAAAGUUGAAUAUUGGGCCAACAAAAAGUUUUAGAAUCUUAAAAGAGAAUGUUGGUGGAUAUGACAAUAUCGGAGCUUCAAAGCAAGAUUUCAAGGAUUUCUCAAGAGAUCUAAAAGCAUAUAUUGAUGGCUCUGAUGCUCAAAUGUUUAUGGACAACUUUAAAAUGAAAAAAUUGCUUUGGGGUGCCUUCUUUUAUGACUUUGAGGUAGAUGAUGAGCAAUGUCUUACUAAGGCUUUUUGGGCGGAUCCCAUUUGUAGGAAAAACUAUGCUUUGUUUGGGGAUAUGGUCUCCUUUGAUACCACUUAUGAGACUAACCGAUACAAUAUGGUCUUUGGGCCUUUUACCGGUGUCGAUCACCAUAAAAGAUGUAUCACAUUUGGAGCCGGUUUCAUUGCCAAGGAAGACAUAAGCUCCUUUGAGUGGUUGUUUACCACUUUCUUGAAGGCAAUGGGAAAUAAUGAACCCACUUGUUUGAUAACGGACCAAGAUCCGGCGAUGAAAGUUGCAGUGAGGAAAGUGUUUAAAAAAACGGAGCAUCGGUUUUGCAUGUGGCAUAUAAUGGAGUAG